UAUCGACAUAACCUUAAAACCAUAACAACAAAGUUUUCCGAUACAAGAUGGAUACAAGUGGUUGUGGUUGUUAAAUUUUAGAGUGACUAUAAAUAUGGAAGAAACUUAUCCAGAUUUUGAAACCUUCUACAGAUUUAAGAUCGCUUGCCAACGUAUGGUGGAAAAUCCUAAUGACGAGACAAAUCUUGAGCAACUAAACAAAUUGGUCAAAAAUGCUUCCAAGAAUUGUAUCAAAGUCGUACAACCUACGGUGCUUGCAUCGUUUUAUCCUAUAAUAAAGGCUAUCUCAGUAGAAGACACAAGGUUUGGUUCCAAGUUCAUACAUAAAUUAAUUGAUACUCUAACAGAUGUAUUCGAAAAAUCUAUAAUUGAUAAGAUGGGAAUAUUUUUUAAUAUGUAUUCACUUCUCCUUUAUGUAAUUUAUGAUUCCAGAGAAAAUAGAGUCCUACCAAUACCAGAAGAAAUGAAGCUCAGUGUUAUGCUUUGCACGAAAGCCUUGGCACGAUCUGUAUCAACUGAUCUUUUACCUGAACUGUAUAACAAAGUUAAUGCUCCUAAACUGUGCCAGAUGAUUUAUGUUGCCCUGGAGCUUGCCAAAUUCGAGAAGCUAAGAAGUUUGAGAAUUGCAGCAAUGGAAUGUAUAAUGUGCAUAGCACAAGUAUUUGAUGAUGAGAAUUUUCAUGACAUAGUACUCAGGAGGCAGUUGGCAGAAGUAUUUAUGUUUUUUCUACCUGGCAUUGCCAGUGGUAUACUGAAAAUUUUGUUGGAAGACUCUAAAGUUGGUUCUAAAGUACAAGCUGUAGCUCUCAAAACAUGGGGCAGAAUAGUGACUCUUGUUAUGCAAAACUACGAUGCGACUUCCAGUGUACCAAACAUUGUAGAGUUUACCAGAUCAGUGAAAAACGACUACAGUAAAGAUAAAGAUACGCCGAUAAAGAAGUGCACUAAUAAUGCUGAAGUUACCGAAUAUAUUGAAACUACUAAGUUAAACAAAAAGUUUUAUGUAUCGACGGAUCAAAAGUUGCAGAUGGUUGUAAAAGAUUUUUAUAAAGUGUUACAUUGUGCUGACGAACAGGUUCGUUUGGAACUUCUAAACAUGUGUCAAAUAAUUAUGAACAAUUGCUUAGGAACCAUGCCAUUAUCUUCUAGUCAUCUUAUAGAGAUAGUAAUUUCGCUUACAGAAGAUGCCGAUAAAGAAGUUUCUAAGAAAAGCACACAAAUAUUGAGUGAUCUAUCCAAUCUUCUUUCAUCGGAGAGUCUAAAAGCAUUUAUAGAAGGUCUGGAGGAAGGGUUUAUAACUGACAUAAAUGCGUUACCAAGAAGGUUUAACAGUAUCGAUGAGAAGGAGCAACUGGCAUCUUUGAACCUACUUAUAGGAUACUUAAAUUUGUUCGGGGAACACAAAUUACAACAGGUUUUGUUGUCUGCCAAUUAUCUAGACACGUUAUUAACAACCUUACUUUAUAUAUGUGAACUGGAAAAGUGUGAUAUCGGCCUAGUGGAAGAAUAUACUACCAAAGAUCUACAUUAUGUACAGGCAGUAACUCAACCUUGGAUGAAAUUUACUCGCUUCAAGGAGAAUACAACGCUGUACCAGGUUCAAAAACUAUGCAGUUUGUUAGGAAAAUACGGUACUUUUAGAUUGGUCAGCGAUUUUUUACUGGACGUUAUUAUGUACAACGAAGUCAAUAGGAAAGAAGCUAUAUUUAUAUUAAAUGAAGUUAUAUCAGGAAUAAAUAACGACAAAGAGGGGGUGGACAUAAUAGCGAAUAUUUUCGAAACGUAUAUUGAUGACAAGUAUUACCAAGUCCCUCUGGAGGUUAGCGAGGACGUCAACCGAAACGAAGUAUUGCAGAAUAUAAUUCAAGUGUGCCUAUUAACAGAAGGCAUAGGGAAAAUUGCCUUAAAGUUAAAGCAAGGCUUCCAUCAGUUUAUGUUAAAGAUUUUAUUCAUUGUUUUAGAAAAAACGGGCAGUUCAUAUGAAUAUAUCAAAAUUGCUGGACUAAAAACUUUACACGACAUAACAUCAGCUUGUGGCUAUUCUGACUUCAAUGAUCUGAUUACUUCAAAUAUAGAUUAUCUGACGUAUCACAUUGAAAGAAAACUAAAGUCUGCUCUUAAAGAGAACAGAGAACAUGCUUUAGACGUUUUGACAGUUCUAUUACAGUAUUGCACUGCAGAAAUUUUAGAACAUCUGAAAUAUAUUAUAAACACAGUGAUCGAUAGUUUCAAUGACUUUGGCAUAAACAUCAACUCCUAUCUCCAAGUAUUUAAAGUCACUGUCCAAGUAAUAAAUAGAUGGUGGCCAGUCGAAAUAAUUGACGAGGAUAUCAAGCCCAAAGCGGAAAAAAUAAAGGAAGUCGAGGACUUCAAAGUGACGGGCGCUGAUAAAGUUGAAGAUAAUUUCUCAGAUGAGAUUAUGGGAAAAACCGCCGAAGAGAUGUACGAAGAGGAUAGACUCAAAAAAGAAGAGCAGUUAAAAAUGGAUACUGAGGAAGUGGAAGAGGAAGAGUACAAAAAGCCAGAUCCACCGACAAGGAUAAAGAUAACCGUAUCGAUACUAAAACAGUCACUACAUUUUCUUCCGUCGUCAAUAAAAUCACGAAAAAUAUUAGUAUUAGAUAUUCUAACAGAUGGAAUUGAAAUUAUUAAAGAUUAUGAAGACGAACUUUUGCCCAUAGUGCAUCUAAUUUGGUCUCCUUUGGUCAGCAGAUUUGAUGAGACUGGUUUGCCAGUAGUUAUGACUCUUAGCUUCAAACUUUUAAUGGUGCUAGCAAGAGUUUCGAAAGAAUUUAUAAGGAUGAGAACUACAAAGGAAGUUCUUCCAAAAAUUCUAAAGUUUAUGAAUGAUCUAUCGAAGGACAGUCAUUUGAAAGAUAGGGGAGCCCAAUAUAGAUACUCACAAAACUACAAAUUCCAACAAAUAGUUCUGAGGAACUUGGCAAAAGUGUUGAUAUAUUUAGAUGUUGCCGAUGAACACGUACACAAAACCAUGGAUUGUUUCAGACUUUAUUUAAGUGAUAAACAACCUAAAGCGCUGCAGGAUGCAGCAUUACAUUUUUUCGUAUGUAUGGCUCGAUAUGAUCCUCCUACGGUUGUAAAUAAAAUAAACUCAUGGGAAAAGGAAGACUGUGAUGGAAACAUAAAAACUAUGUUAUUAGAUACAUUAAACCAUAAACAAACGGGGAUUGAAGAAUAACAUUGUGAUAAAAAUAUUUAUAUUGUUUAAUAACUUUCUUGUGAUAUUAGAAUUAAAUAUUUUUAUAUAUAUGUGCCACACUCAACAGUUGAAUAUAUAAUACGAGGCAUAUACUAAAAGUUUUGCACAAAUAAUAGAAGGAAAAAUCAGCUUUAUUGUCUUUCAAGGUAUUCGCCUUUAAGGUUAAUACACUUUUGCAGUCAAACAAACCAAUUCUCGAAGCAUUUAUGCCAGUCUGAAAUAGGUGUCUCAGAAAUGAGAUUUUCGUAUGCAUCGACCAGCUCAUGUAGCAUCUUAAAAGGUUUCCCCCGUAGAUUUUUUUAGUUCGGAAAUACAAAGAAAUCACAGGGUAUCAUGUCAGGAUUGCAUGGAGAAUGGCUCAUUAAAUUGAUGUUUUUCGUCUUCAAAUACUCGGAUGUUAUACUAACCGCGUGAAAGUAGCAUUGUCCUGAUAAAAAAGGAUGCUACAAUUCCAAUUAUUUUGCUAAGUUCAUCAAUUACUUCUAUACUAAAAUCACAAUAAAGAUGCACUAGAAAUAAACUAACCAAGACACGUUGAAUGUUACGUGGAGUACUCCUGAAUCAUGAUUUACAGUGUAUAAACUUUGUAAAUCAUGAUUUGUGAUUUACAAAAUUGCCGCAAAAAGACACUUGAGGAAACAAUGGCAACAAGCUAGGACUAUAGAAAACAAGAAAAAAUUGAACAAAGGCACCAAAGACUUGAAAGAGCUAAUCAUAGCAGAACAAAAUCAGGGAAUCCAGUGUUAUCUGGAAAGCCUUACACAUACAGAGGCCAUAGAUUAUUCGCUGUGGAAAGCAACGAAAAAAUUAAAAAGGUCGUACUUGCCUAAUCCACCAAUCAGAAAUGAUAACGCCUGUGCCAGAAAUGAUAAAGAAAAAUCUGAAGCUUUUGGCAAAUAUCUGAAAAAAGUCUUCAUGCCCUUUCCUUCAGAGUUAUCUGCUGAAGAAGAACACGAAAUUACCGACUAUCUAAAUGUACCCUUCCAAAUGGACCUGCCUCAUAACAAGUUCACUAUUAGAGAAAUCAAACAAACAAUUAUGGAAGAAAUUAACAUAAAACAGCUCCUGGUUUCGAUUUGGUGUCUGGAAAAAUUCUUCAAGAACUAUCCGAAAAGUGCUAUAGACUUAUUACUUACAUUUUUAAUUCUAUACUACGACUAAAUUAUUUCCCUAGCAUCUGGAAAGUUGCCCAGAUCGUUAUGAUAGCCAAGCCCGGGAAGAAAACAGAAGAGUUGUCUUCCUACAUACCGAUAAGUCUACUGCCAAUUCUUUCCAAGGUUUUUGAGAAGCUAUAUGUUAAAAGGCUAAAAACUAUAAUAGACGAAAGAAGAUAAUUCCAGAUCACCAAUUCGGAUUCCGCAAUAAACACGGGACAAUAGAACAAGUUCAUAGAGUGGUAAAUCAAAUCAAUAAGGACCUGAAUGGUAAAAGAUAUUGUUCAGCAGCUUUCCUCGAUAUAUCUCAGGCUUUCGACAAGGUGUGGCAUGAAGGAUUGCAAGUUAAACUAAUGAAGCUACUGCCCCAUCCUCACUUUCAACUUCUAAAAUCAUACCUGAGAGAUAGGCACUUCCAAAUAAAACAUGGAAGUGAAUUUACAGAGCUGCAUCCAAUAAAUUCAGGAGUUCCACAAGGCAGCGUACUUGGACCGAUUCUGUACUUAUUGUAUACUGCAGACGUGCCAUCAACACGACUUACCACUGUUGCGACAUUUGCCGAUGAUACAGCCAUUUUGGCGUCCCACACUGAGCCAACAUCAGCCUCUAGGAACCUGCAAACUAGUCUAAACAAGGUCCAAAACUGCCUAAAAAGAUGGCGUAUUAAAGCAAAUAGAUUGAAAUCAACACAUGUGACGUUCAGCCACCUGUUCAAUUCAUUGAUUGUCAACUUCCACAAUCUGAUAGCGCCAAAUACCUCGGAAUGCACCUGGAUCGACGACUGACUUAGACAAAACACAUAUUCACUAAGCGCAAGCAACUUGGCCUCAAAUUAAGAAACAUGUAUUGGCUCAUCGGUCGCAGAUCAAAACUCUCCAUAGACAAUAAAAUAUUAUUAUACAAAACAAUCUUAAAACCUGAGUGGACCUACGGCAUCCAGCUGUGGGGAACUGCUAGCAACUCCAACAUAUCCAUCUUGCAGAGGUUCCAAAAUAAAGUACUACGAACUAUUGUUGAUGCUCCCUACUACGUCAGUAACGAAAUCAUUCCGCAUGAUAAUAUUCCUUUAGAAUCCAUCAAAGAUGCCAUACAUCGUUUUAGUGUCAACUAUAGUGAAAAAAUGUCAGUGCACCCGAAUCGGUUAGCGGCCCAACUAAACGUGCGCGAUGCCAAUGAAAUCCGUAGGCUACAACGCCUACUGUCAUCCGAUCUAUCUAUAUCGCACAGACUUUAGUUUAGCUUUUUUAAGGAAAAUUAUUGUAAAAUCAUACCAACAAUGUUUAACUUAGGUUUAGAUAUAUUUAAAAGAGAUUAUCAUUGGAAUAAUACUCUACAUGUUAUCAGCUUCAUUGUCAGAAAAAAACGCUUAUUGCCUAAUAGGCAGGUUGCAAUCUCUCAAGGAGUUAAUAAAUAAAAAAAAUGUAUAUACAUUGUAAAUUAUGAUUAGGGAGUGCUCCUCGUAACAUUCAACGUGUCUUGGUUUGUUUAUUUCUAGUGCAUCUUUAUUGUGGUUGUAGUAUAGUUGUUUACCAUUCAGCAUUGACAGUUGAUGGUUUUUCGUUUCGAGCUCAUAGUAAUAUGAUGUGUAAUCAUCAGUUACAUGGUGCCAUACGAAAUUUGAGCUGCCUCUGUUGAAUCGUUUGAGUGCAGCACAAAUAGACACGUACCUCAAAUAUGAGAAAUUCAACGACUGCGCGUCUUUCUCACUGUCAAAUGGUCAAGCACAAUUCUAUUAACUUAACAUUAUUAUGCCAAUGAUGCACGAAUCUCAUGAUAACAUGUCGAUCUGCUUCAAUCAUGUCGCAUGCAGUAUCAAUUUCUGAGACUACAGCUGUGUAUUGUUGUUUAGUUAGGACAACUUUAAAAUCGUACAAAAUCAUCGUUUCUACCAUAAGAAAUGUUAAAAUUUAUGAAAAUUUUAUUAAUGAAGUCGAGUGCAUUUUGCGUCAUAAAAAAACUGGUACAACUCUUAUAACCGAAAAUCGUGUUUUUCAAGUUGUGUAAGUUGGUCGUGUUACAAUGUCAUUCUAAUUUCUAGGGCAACGUUGCCAGUUCAACGAAAAUAUUAUAUCAAACCAGCUAAAAGCAGGGCUGUGCGACAGACCGCAAGUUUUUAGUAGGUAUACUAAAAACUAAAAAAACAUCGAGCAUUCUCGAUUAGUCAGCCACAAUUAUUUAAACAUGCAUCCUAAAAAAUUCUCCUAUUAAUUUUGUAAUUUUCUAUCAUUUCAAUUAAGUACCCUUACAUUAAUUCGUGUUUUAUUAUGAUUUAUGACAGAUAUGGAUAUGACAUGAAUAAUGACAGAUAAUAAAUCUAGACAUGACUUUAAAUUAUUAUAUUUAAUUUCAAAUCGAGAGGUGUGAUUGGUUUCUCGUUAAGUAUGGCACAAAACUGUAUUGAGUUGUGGGAUACUAUAAUAGAAUAAAUAAAACACACUGGAAAAAUUAAAAUUUGAAAUUAAUACAAAAUGAACGACUUUUACAGUGAAUAAGUGUGGAAUUUAAAUAUAUGUAUUACAAUAAAAUUCGAAACUGCUGAAAUAUUAAUAUUUUGUCAUAGCUCCAAUAUUAUUAAUCACUGCUUGUAAUCUUCUGGGCACUAAGUUAAUUAAAUUUACUGCUAAACUUUCAUUUUGGCCAAGCUUAUUAUUCCGGCAAAUUGUUCUCGUUUUAUCACACUUACUUAAAUGACGUGCCAUCGUUCUUCUUCUUCUUCUUUUUGUUUUUGGUCUCGCUAGAAGGCGAUUGCCAGCACGAUUUAUAGGCGAUCUUGAUGUUGUCUGGCUCUAAGCCAUACAAAAAUCGCUGACUAUGUUCUUGUAAGAAGCUUUUGAUAAGGUGUGAUAUAAUUAAAUGAGAUUAAUUGGGCCAGGUUAAGUGUGAUUAACACAUAAAUUAAAUGACAAAUAGCAACAUAUAACACGAAUACAUAUAAACAUCGUUAAAAAUUUACUUAUGUCAUCGAGGACUGGACCUAGUCCGUUCUAUACAAUGUUUAAUCGUUUAAUUUUUCAGUGGUUAUAAGGGGAUUUUUUAAGAUUAACUUAAUCAUUUCUCUGAUUAUUAAAUUUAUUAGAUACGAUUUUUUGUUGUUAAUGAUAAAAGUAAUACCUGUCUAAUAACUUUAUAUAUUUUUGAACGUUAUUUUUUGUAUUAGAUUUAGUGCAUUCUGUUAUCUGUGAUGGGAACAACGCCGUGAUUCACUAACCAUUGUGUCCAGUCUGAACACAGGUUUACAUUGGGAAAAAAAGUGUACCAGUUUUUUAUGACGCGAAGUGUACCUUCCGCUCUCUGUGCAAACCUUUUAGUGCACAUCUCGUGCCUCACUAUAACCGACUCACUCAAUCAGAUAGUAUGUAAAAAACCUACUUCUACCCUUGCUCUCGAUGGUUGUAAAACAAACUCAAUGAGAUUUUAUGUAAAACAAUAUGAGACUUUUCUUUUAGAUUUAUUUUUAAUUAUUGCAGUUGAGUUCAAUUUUUUUCCUUGAAUUAUGAUUAAUUUGACAGCUUUUACUCGUUUAUGUAUAUAAUAAUAUUGUAAUCAGUUUUUUUAUACUGAAAAAAUAAACUUAUACGCCAGUUAAUGAGAGCAAGAACAGGAUAUUACCUCCGAAUUCUAUCCUACUGCAUGGAUUUUAAUCAAAUUUUGGGAAUAUCCUCUACUUAUCUCCUAAUUCAAAGUCUACCCUAUAUACUAUGGCGCUUUUAUCUUAAGGGCGCCUCCAAGGGGGUGAAAAAAUUUUUCGUCAAAAUAGUCACGGAAGUGGCUACAUAAUCUAAUUCUAAGCAAAAACUGUUACUAUACUUUUUUUUUAAAUCUCAAUACUUUUUGAGUUAUUCAUGAUUGAAAAUUGACUAUUUUCAUUGAAAAAUGACACCCUUUCGGACGGUUUUUUGCGAAUACUUUAAAAACCACGCAUCUAACUAAAAAAACUAUAUAAAACAUUUUUGUAGCUUAUAAAAAAACAAAGAUUCGUUCCUUCAUAAAUCUUCGAGUUAUAAUACGAAAAGAGAUAGAGUAGGUGAAAAGAGUUUGUUUUUUUUUGGUGCAUGCUCAAAUCGGUGUAUUCAACUUGAAAUAACAGAGAAACGGUAGAUUUUAGAUGUAUAAUGCUAUCAAUACCUUUUGUAGUGCUUCAAAAGACCUUUAAAAUUAGCGAUAUUAAAUGUCGAUUAUGUUCAAACUAAGCGAGAUAAUAAUAUGCUGCAAGAACAAUAAUUGUUCUAAUGUUUCAAUUAUUGAUGACUGAUGUAUUUUAAGAAAAAAUGAGAUGUGUAUUUAACCCCUCAUCCAGCAGAAUUUAGAUGCAUCGUAUUCCUUCUACAAUAACUUUUAGUAUAGUGUUAUUUCUAUGUUCAAAAAGGUUGACGGGUUUAUAAUGAGUGGUUUUUGAAAAAAAAAAAUAAGAUCAAAUUAGAGCGCAUUUUUAAAUUUUUUUAAAAAUCUUCCUUUUUCUCCAUGUAACUUGAAAAUGAUGAGAUACAGUAAUGAAAAACAAAAACGAAAUUUUUAUCUAGAAAAAUCCUACAUUUUUGUAUGCUAUCUUUUUUUCGUAUCUAUUAUCAUUUUCGAGUUACAUGGAGAAAAAGGAAGAUUUUUAAAAAAAUUUAAAAAUGCGCUCUAUAAUUUGAUCUUAUUUUUUUUUCAAAAACCAUUCAUUUUAAAAGCAUCCUACUUUUUGAACAUAGAAGUGACACUAUAGUAAAAGGUAUUGUAGAAGGAAAACGAUGCAUUUAAAUUCUGGUGGAUGAGUGGUUAAAAAUACUUCUCAUUUUUUCUUAAAAUACAUUAGUCAUCAAUUUCUUUGCAGCAUUAUCUCGCUUAGUUUGAACGUAAUCGAAAUUUAAUAUUGUUCAUUUUAAAGGUCUUUUCAAGCACUACAUUGUUAUUGGUAGCAUUAUACACCUAUAAUCGACCGUUGGUCUGUUAUUUCAAGUUGAAUACACCGAUUUAAACAGGCACAAAAAAAACAAACUUUUUCACCUAUCUCUGUAUUUUUUUUCUAAGCUACAAAAAUGUUAUAUAUAGUUUUUUUAGUUAGAUGCAUAGUUUUUAAGGUAUGAACAUAAAACCGUCCGAAAAGGUGUCAGUUUUCAAUGAAAAUGACCAAUUUUCAACCACGAAUAACUCAAAAAGUAUUGAGUUUUCUAAAAAAAAAUUAUAGAACAGUUUCUGCAUAGAAUUUGGUUUUCUAGCCACCUCCUUGAUUAUUUUGACCCAAAAAUUGUCCACCCACUUGAAGGGGUGGGAACCGCCACCAAGAUAAAAAGCGGCAUAGUAUAUAGGGUAGACUUUGUUUCUUGAGCUAUUUCCUACUUACUGUGAAAAUGUCAAGUAAAUCGGUGUAGUAGGAUGGAAUUCGGAGCCAAAUACCCUCAUUGACUGCCCUAUUAAUAGGUUUUCGAUAAUCGAAUAUCCUAGGGCGGUCCGAUAAGUGCUCAGCCUCCAAAAGAAAAACGAAAAUUUUGAAAAAGUGGUGAUUUAUUUCUGAACAUAGUCUCCUUUUAGCUCGAUACACUUGACCCAUUGAUGCUCCAACUUCUUUAAGCCGUCUGAAAAAUACGUUUUCUCGAGGUCAAUUUUCGACUUCAAUUUCUGCCCGAAGAGUGACUUUUUCAAGUUAAGAAACAAAAAAAAGUCGUACAGGGCCAAGUCUGGAGAAUACGGUGGAUAGAAUUGUAGUUCGUAGUCCAAAUCAACCAGUUUGGCUAUGUGACGGCGGAGGUGAGAACCGGUGCGUUGUCAUAGUGGAAGAACACUUUUGCCUUCCCCAAUUGGGGCUGCUUUUUCUGAAAUUGAGCGUCGAAUCGACCCAAUAAUGCGGCACAGUAAAGCUCUGACAGUUUUGUCCUUUUCAAGGAAGCUGAUAUACAGGGUGAUUGAUUAGUUAAAGCUCAAUAGAUCCGCUAUAGUAAUAAAUAGCAAUAAAAGUUAAUAACAAAAAUUGUAGCCAACUUUGCCCUUAACAUUACAAAAUUAGUUAGAAUGUUACAGGUUGUUCUAUAACACAGUGGCAGACCAAACUUAUGUUUUUUUAAAUGGAACACUCUAUAUUUUAUUUUAUAUUCGAAAUCCUGUUAACUUCUCUAUCACAAAAAUAUAAAGGUUUGUUAUGUUAUACAGGGUAUUUACAAAGUUAUAACCAAGUUUGUAUGAAAAUCGUAACAAGUUUAACUCCCUGUAUAAAUAAAAAUAAGCACAACAGCAAUGGUUCAAUAAUGCCAUAUUUUUUUAUUUAUUGUCAAAAUUUUCAAGAAUGAUUGAUAUUGCUAAUUUUCUGUAUAUCAAAUACAGGGUGAGUCAAAACGCAAGUACAUUAUUUUCUCAGUAAUGUUAAAUGGAACACCCUGUAUUUUAUAUCAUAAUUGAAAAGUAACAUUACCGUACUUUAAUUUUUAUAUAGUAUUCCUCAUGUCCAAAUUUAUUAGUUUUUGUGAUAUUUUCAUUUUUCAGAGCACAAAUUAUUUUAGGUGUCUAAAUUUAUCUAAAUUUUAAGUAAGCCAUGACUGAUUUGACAAUUGACGAUUACUGAUUAUCAAUCCGGUAAUCAAUGUAACAAUUUAGCAAAUAAAGAAAUAAAAAUUAUUUAUUAGUAAUACAUUU